AUGGAAUGCUUUCGACAAAUCUAUCGGUGCAUCAAGUCACCAUUCAACCGUGACAAGGGAAAAAUCCUUGAAAUUGGACCCCCAACCAACUUCCGCAAGGAAGAACUGCCAGCUUGCUUCUCGGACGCCGAGUCAGUCUUGUCGCCCAAGCAAAACCCAGUCGAGCUAUCAGUUCUGACAAAACCAUCACAGCACCCUGACGUCCCAGAAGAGCCGCGAAACAGCGAAGGACGAUACGAUCAUCGAGAUGAUGGAGCAGCCGCCUUCGGCCAAGGAGAAGAUCCAGAGCCACGUCCGGAGGAUGAGCGUCAAACUGUCACGACCCGGUUCCGAGACCGUCUGAGACCAUCGCGGUGGCUUAGCCCUGUUCGGUCAUCGACACCAGCGAGUAGCCCCGAGAGAGAGGCCGUGAACGAGCUGGAAAUGUACACCACAGCGGAAGAAAGCCCGAAGGAUAUUUAG